AUGUUAAUAGACCACCGCCGUCGUUGGAGCCCAUACUGGCAUAAGGCCGGCAUUUUGGCGACCUGGUCCGCGACCCCUGGGCAAGACGCCCCCCUCGAUCCGCACUCGCCAGCAUCGCCAGCCUCUCCGAGGGUCCUCCAUGUCCGUGCCGUGACACCUUGCCUGCCGUCUCGCUUCCCCUCCCUCGAAAUCGCCUUCCGAAGAGAGGACCACAUGAGUCCAGUCCAUGGCCGCUCGGGCAGUGGAAGUUUCGCAGAUCUCGUCAUGGAGGAAAGUCACUUUCUGGGCGAGGACUUGCCGCUCCCACCGGCGCGACUUUUUGACCGCUUAAGCCAGCUGCCUGGUUACACCUGGGACCAGUCGGUUGAGCCCUUUCAUUCCACAUAUAAUCACUGGCAUCUUACGGGAUUUCGUCAUGCUGUGGACGAAGACCUCUCGACCCCGAUCGCGACCUCCUCGGGCCCUGCAUCCUCAGGACCAUCGAGCCUCACUCGUAAUUCUCCCCGUACCGAUUUUCGCCCACAAACACGGGUCUUGAACCGACGCGCCAGUGUGAGUGAGACAAGUAGUGAGUUUUCAUUUUCUCGAGGCGAGCAGGAGCAAAUAUGGGUACCAGUGGUUGCGCGCAUCUCUACCAAUGUCAUUCGGCUCGAGCGCGAAUUCCACAUGUUGAGAUCGAUCGUUCAAUCGUCAGACCCCGACUGCAAUCAUACAAUACGGCCAAUCGAUCUGGUGAGAUUGCCUCCAGACCCGGGAGCCGCGAGCACCCUUCUCGUGGCCAUCUUCGAGCACCCCGGCCACGACAGGCUACGAGACCUAGUUACGUUCGGCCCUGCGUCCUUUGUGGCCGGGGCCAAAGGCGAUAACAAUGUCACUCCAAAUGAGCAGGUCGAUUUGCCGGCUUUUCUUGACUUUGCCAUUGGCACAUGCGAUUGUUUAGAGAUUCUGCAUUAUGGCAUGAAGACAGUACACGGGGAGAUCCGCGGUGAUGCUUUCCACUUCAGUUCUGAAACGGGUGCCGUCAAACUGGUGAAUAUAGGAAACGGUGCUCGUUCUUUUGACAACGUCCUCAGCGAAGGCUGGUCGUCCGUCUCUCGAGAGCUUGGUGCCAAGUAUAAGCUGCAGUUCAUUGCACCUGAGCAGACAGGCAGAAUGCCCACAGAACCCGACAGUCGUACCGACAUUUAUGCACUCGGCCUUUUCUUUUGGUCUAUGCUUGUGGGAAAACUACCGUUUGAAGGCACAGACCCCAUGGAUGUCGUUCAGAAUGUGCUUGGCAAGAAAUUGACACCUAUCUCUUUGAAGCGGAUGGAUAUUCCCGAUGCUCUAUCGGCUGUCAUUCAAAAGAUGACGCAAAAAGUCGUGCACGAACGCUACCACACCAUCUCUUCAGUCAAGAAGGAUUUGAUGCAGAUCGCACAGUUGCUCGGCGACGGCGACAGCGAGGCUUUAACCAACUUUCAGAUUGCCCAACAAGAUGUAUCCUCUUUCUUUACCCUCCCUUCCCGAAUGUUCGGCCGACAGAAGGAGUAUGAUCUCAUCAUCAGCAUUAUUGAAAAGGUCAACAAACGACAGAAGGCGGCACUCGCCAAAGCGUUCACGCAAAGUCCGGGAACUGCACAUGCACUAGCCUCGACUUCGUCGAUCUCAGACGGUCGUGUCGACAGCUUUGAAUUUGCGUCUGUUUCCAGUGACUCUGGGUCUUUCCACUUACCCCCUCGUACUGGCUCCAAUGCCACCAACUACCACCUAGCGCAUGUGAACACCCAGGAUUCAAUCGCUAGCAGUGAUGGCAUGACGCAAACACCGAGAUCCGGAUCGGUCCCCGCUAGCCAGGAGAUGACUCCGGCUCCAAUUCACAAAAUGAAAAGCCCGUCACAUUCCCGUUCCUCCCAUACUACAGAUAGGGAGAGUCACCCGUCUAUCCAUACAGUCAGCAACAGCCAACACUCCGCCAACACUUUAAGCCAACAUGAUUACCUGGGCUCGCUUGGCAAGCAAAAGCAUACAACGAAGGCUCGACGCAUUGGAAAGUGCGAGGUCAUCACAGUGAACGGCGCAGCUGGCAUUGGAAAAACAGAUCUCUUGAACCGCGUACAGCCUGUAAUCCGGAAAGCUGGUUUCAUCGCCAUUACAAGAUUGGAUAGUGCCAAGCGAGUGCCCUUUGAACCAUUUGCAAAGAUCCUAGCUAGUCUUCUGCGUCAGAUCUUUUCCGAGAGAGACGUGACGACCGACUACCAUGACAACAUCCGAGCGACACUACGACCUAUGUGGCCUACACUUCACAGAGUGCUGGACCUUCCCGAGCAGCUGAUGUCGCCUGGCUCCAAAUACAAGCCGUCUUCUCCAAGAACUCCUGUCUCUCAAUAUUUCAAGUCAGACUCAACCAGGGGCGAACCAUCGAAACAAAUCAACAUCCCCUGGCUAGACCAAGGCCAAACGUCGGUUGACUUUUUUCUAUCAAACGCAGCAUCAAACAAUAUGCGCCUGAUGGAAAUCUUCCUGGAGAUUCUGAGGACGAUUUGCCAAUUCAGACUGAUCACCGUCUGCUUAGAUGAUCUCGAGUACGCGGAUGAUGAGACAAUGGAAUUGGUUCUUAAUAUCAUUCGAGCCAAGCUUUCGUGUGUGCUUAUACUCACAAGCCGCAAAGAUGAAAUUGCACCCGAGAGUGUCAAAUCUCUGUUCGAGAUGGAGAACUCCAUUGUCACGCGCAUUGAUCUUCAACCACUUGGAGAGACAGAUAUCAUGGAGUUCGUUGCUGCCACGAUGCAUCAAGAGCCCAAUGCCACGCUCACCCCGCUUGCCGCCGUUAUCCAAGAAAAGAGCCGAGGCAAUCCAUUCUACGUGCGGGUGAUGCUCGAAACGUGCUAUCGGAAAAAUUGUCUCUGGUAUUCAUGGAAGGACUCAAAGUGGCUCUUCGAUCUCGAUCGAAUUUUCACAGAAUUUGUGGCUCCUGUGUAUGGAGAGGGCCUCGGACUGGGAUUUCUCACAAAACAAUUGCAGGAAAUCCCACCAGCAGCUCGAUCGAUCAUGGUGUGGGGCGCUCUUCUGGGAAGCCCGUUUUCGUUCUCGUUGGUGCAAAAGCUCUUGACCAGUGAGUUCCUUUUCUCAUCGAAUGACGAUGAGGAUCUAGAUUUCACAGGCCCACAAAACGGCACGCUUGUCAGACAGUCGGAAGGUGAUAUUGUUGUGGGGUUGCAGUUUCUUGUUCAAUCAAAUCUCUUGAACCCGGGAAAGACCGACGAUGAAUUCAAAUUUGGGAACGAUCGACUUGCGCAAGCCGCUCUUUCUUUGAGCGAGAGCCGAAACGUGGAAGCAAUGCACUUUAUCGUCUCACAGGCCAUGAUGAAGAAUUUUCAUGAUUCUCGAAGUCUUUACUCAAUGGCCCACCAUGUCGCCCUUGCCUCACGCACCAUCAAAUCCAGAGUUAGUCGAAGAAUUGAUUACCGCCGAGUAUUGUGGGAAGCUGGCCAAACGGCUGCUCAGUCCGGCGCUCGCCCGACCGCACUCUGGUAUUUCCGCCACUGCAUCGCACUUCUCCAGGACGACCCUUGGAACGACAGUAAGACGGACGUUUAUUACGACGAGACCAUGCGUCUCUACAUCGCAACGGCGGAAAUGUCAUGGUCACAGGGCCAAAAUGACGAUGCUCUCACUUUAAUUGAUGCUGUUUUCACUCACGGCAAAGAUGCAGUGAGCAAAUCCAGAGCAUGGAUCAUCAAAGCCAAAAUAUUUGCCCAAAUAGGAGACCAUCACCGUUCCAUGGAAGCGUUGCUCAGUUGUCUUGAUGAACUUGGUGUCCAUCUCCGUGCUCCCACGUCUUUCGAGGAGUGUGAUGCCGCUUAUCGCCGACUCAAAUCAUACGUCGAAUGUGCAGAUCUGGAGGCGAUUUCACAGAAGCCGAUCAGCAAGGAUCCCAUCCUAGUCACCAUAGGAGCUGUUAUGGCCGAAGCGAUGGCGGUCACUUAUUGGGAUGAUGCAUUGACUUUCUAUCGAAUGGCAAUCGAGAUGAUGAACAUUCAUAUGUUCAGAGGAGGGUUCACUCAGAUUUCUAUUGGCUGCUCUCAUCUUGCCAUGAUUGCCUUCAGCCGUUUCAAGGACCUUGAGUUCGGUACGAAACUCAGCGAUAUGUCUCUGUCGUUGCUUGAGCGUUGUCCUGAGUUAUGGACACAGAGCCGGGGUUCGAUUGUCCACAAUCUCUAUGUUAGCCAUCUGCGCAUCUCCAUGGCAUCGACCUUGCCGGCCCUGGAAGCCUCGCUUGAGGUUUCGUUUUCGAUGGGCGACCCUUACAUAACACUUAUCAGCAUUUCGUCGAUGGCCAUGACUAGGCUUUAUCUCGGACAAGACAUGGCGCAAUUGGAAGCUUUCUGCAUGGAAGGACCCGAAGAAAUUCCUUUUUGGGGGCAGGACACCCGCGGUGGAGCCAGUAUACUUGCUGUUCGACAAGUUGCGCGGGCACUUCAAGGCAAAACAGAUCAUCGGUCGGCAGAAAAUGUCAUGUCCGACGAGGAGCACAAAACAAGUGAAUACUUGGCGUUCCUAGAAGCCAAUGCCAGUAACGUCGACAGACCUCGCGAUAUCUAUAAAGGCCUUGCCAUGAUCCCUUUGUUCCUUUUCGGUCACCAUACAAAGGCUAUACAAGUUGGCACCAAGUUACUAGAGACGUCAUACAGGCUUUGGUCUGUGCGAGUGUACUACGCAAUUCAUUUCUACCUGGCCGUCUCAAUUUUGACUCUUCAUAACGACUAUCCUGCUCAGGGGUACCUUGACGGGAAAAUGGAUACGGUUUUGAAAUACCAAGAAGAGAUUGAGUUUGCUCGGAGCGCUUCCGAAGCAAAUUAUGGCAUGUGGGCUUUGAUAGUCAAGGCCCUCAUUGCCGAAGUUCGGAAUGAUCACAGUGCCACAAUUCAAGCAUAUGAAGCUGCAACCGAUCAUUGCCAGAUCCACGGAUGGCCUUUGGAGGAGGCCCUUGCCUUGGAGCUGCAGGGGGAGUUCCUGGUCAGGCGCGGUGCCAAACGAGCUGCCCGUUCUGUAAUGCAAGAUGCCAUCACUGCGUGGGGAUCCAUCAGUGCCAGUGGCAAGGCGGCGAUGCUCGCAGAGAAACACGAAUGGUUGCUGAAAACCGCUACAUCGGCUAGAACAGUUGAUGUUGGAUGUCAAACAGUUGACUCUCUUGUCGAAAUCAUCCGCGACACUGUUCAUGAGGAGGUUGUCAUUCCUUCACAGAUUGAAGAGGACGAGAGGAGACAGCGUUGGAUCGAACAGAAUGUAGUUGCACAGGGUGAAAGGUCUAUGGACAUUUCAAGUGUGGGUUUAGAUAUCAUUGACCUGUCCAGUAUUCUGGAGUCCAGCCAAGUCAUGUCAUCUGAACUUCAAAUCGACAAGCUCUUCACCAAGAUGCUCGAGAUCAUCAUGGAAUCUUGCAACGGCUCCGAUUUUGCUGUGAUCGCCACAGACUUUGAUGAGCAUGGAUUUGCAAUCGCCGCGGCCGCAGAUGCAGAGAAGGGACAAAAGUCCUAUGCGGAUGGCCUUCCGUUCUCUGAACUUGAGGGACGUAUGGCAGAAGAAAUCACUCAUUAUGUCAUGCGCACCAAGGAAGAAGUGCUCGUUCACAAUGUUCUUGAAGACGAACGCUUUUCCAACGUGAGCGAGACGUACCAGACGAACUUCCCGCUGGGUCGAUCUAUCAUAGCCCUACCAAUCGUGCAGGCGGACCAUCUUUUGGGAGUGAUCCACUUGGAAGGAAAGCCGAAUUGGUUCACCCAACGAAACGUGGUCGUUCUGCAUCUGCUUUGCAAUCAAAUUGGAAUCUCGUUGUCGAACGCCUUGCUUUUCCGUGAGAUCCGCAAAGUCAGUGCCAAAAAUGCUUCGAUGAUCGAGUCCCAGAAGCGCGCCCUCGCUCAAGCACGCGAGUCAGAGCAGAAAGCGAAGGUAGCCGAAGCGGAAGCCAAGCACAAUGUCAAACUCAAGGAAGAUGCAGCCCGAGCCAAGUCUAUUUUCCUUGCAAACAUCUCCCACGACCUGCGCACACCAAUGAACGGGGUGAUUGGACUUUCAGAGCUCCUCAAGGGCACUCGGCUGAACAAAGAGCAAGACGAAUAUGUGGAAUCCAUCCGCGUAUGCGCAGACACCCUAUUAACGCUCAUCAACGACAUUCUCGAUUUCUCCAAGCUGGAGGCUGGGAAGAUGAAGAUAUCUACUGUACCACUUAAUUUGAAGGAGACAAUUUCGGAGGUCAUCCGUGCACUCCGAUAUACCCAUCGAGAGCGCGGCCUAGACACAAUUGAGGACCUGGAACGUGUCCCACCAGGUCUUGUUGUUCUUGGCGACCCCGUCCGACUCCAUCAAAUCUUCAUGAAUUUGCUCAGCAACAGCUACAAGUUCACCCCGAAGGGGUCUAUUACGGUGAAAGCCAAAGUCGGCAGAGAAGGCAAGGGUCGUAUCCGCUUAGAAUGCUCCGUGGCUGAUACUGGUAUUGGAAUCCCGGACGAACAGAAAGCGCGCCUUUUCCGGCCCUUCUCCCAGGCAGAUGCAUCGACCGAGAGAUCAUAUGGCGGUAGCGGACUAGGCUUGAGCAUCUGUAAAGCCAUCAUCGAAGAUGUCUUAGGCGGUGCUAUCUGGUUAGAGUCACAAUCUGGGGUCGGGACCACAGUGACAUUCCAUUUAGUUUUUAACAAAGCGCCUAAGAAGACAGCCGUGAAGGCCCCUUGGUCCCAGGAUUUGAGCCAGACAGAGAACAAAGAACCCCCGAAGGCCAAAGCACGGGAUCUCACCAACAUCCCCCGUGACCAGAUCCGGGUUUGCAUUGCCGAAGACAACCCAAUCAACCAAAAAAUUGCUGUGAAGUUUGUGACUGGACUCGGCCUUUACUGCGAGGCUUACAGCGACGGGAAACAAGCCGUGGAUGCCUUGCGCACCAAGUCGCAAGAAGGAAAUCCGUUCCAUAUCGUUCUAAUGGACGUCAUGAUGCCCACUCUUGAUGGAUACAACGCCACUCGCGAGCUUCGUCGAGACCCUGACCCGAAUGUCAACGAGGUUCUCGUCAUCGCCAUGACUGCAAGUGCCAUCGAAGGCGACCGAGAGAAGUGCCUUGAGGCUGGAAUGAACAAUUACCUCCCCAAACCAGUUCGUUCGCCAAUCCUGAGUGAGCUUUUGGACAAGUACCUUGCCCCUGUACCAUCUCAUCCGCGUACGCGUCUUGCGAUUCGACCAAAGGGGUCCAGAGGAAGCAUUGGACCUGAUGCUGGCACACCGACCAGCUUUUCCUCAUCCGGAUCCGACGACACCAAACACCCACCUCCCCGAUCCUCAGAGGAAAAAUGA